AUGCGCUUGCUUGUUCCUUUUCCUCUGUCUCCUCUUUCUCCUCUGUCUCCUCUUGCUCCUUUGUCUCCGCUUUCUCCUCUUUCUCUUCUGUCUCCUAUUACUCCUCUGUCUCCUCUUGCUCCUCUGUCUCCGCUUUCUCCUCUUUCUCUUAUGUCUCCUAUUACUCCUCUGUCUCCUCUUACUCCUCUGUCUCCGCUUUCUCCUCUUUCUCUUCUGUCUCCUAUUGCUCCUCUGUCUCCUCUUUCUCCUCUAUCUCUGACUUCGGGAAUGGAUUUCAAUCCAUUUCAAGACACUGUCAAUUUUGUUGAUCUACUUAAUAGUCAACAAAAUGUUGUCUUUGGCUGUCAACGAGAUCCUAUUAUUGCUGACGAGCUUCCAUCUGAGCAUAAGGAAAGAAGGACGUGGACGCCAACAGAUGAUCUAGUGUUGAUCAGCUCGUGGUUGAACACGAGCAAAGAUCCCGUUGUUGGGAAUGACCAAAAGGGAGGGGCUUUCUGGACGAGAAUUGCAGCAUACUUCUUCGCGUCUCCUAAGCUUGCUGGCUGUGAAAAAAGAGAAGCAUCUCAAUGCAAGCAUCGUUGGCACAAGCUGAAUGAAUUGGUUAGCAAGUUUUGUUGGGCGUAUGAGGCAGCAACCAGAGAGAAAACCAGUGGUAUGAACGAGAAUGAUGUGAUAAAAGCAGCCCACGAAAUCUACUAUAACAACAAUAAGAAGAAGUUCACCAUUGAGCAUGCGUGGAAGGAGCUUCGCACUGACCAGAAGUGGUGUGAACUCUCUACACCAAAAAGUGGAAGCAGCUCCAAAAGGAGGAAGUUCGAGGAUGGUUCACAUACAGCAAGCUCAGCUCCGGAUGAGGUAACAUGUCGUCCUCCGGGUGUUAAGGCAGCAAAAGCCCGUGGGAAGAAGGCGUUGGCUGAGGAAAAAAAUCGCACUGAUUUCGAGGCUAUGUGGAAACUGAAGGAGGUGGACUUCGAUAGGAAAGAAAAGCUCUCGAAGAUGAAGGUUCUUGAGAGUCUUGUUGCAAGGGGAGAAGGUUUACCUGCUUACGAAGAAGAUCUCAAGAAAAGACUCAUAGUUGAGUUGAUGUUCAUCUUCCCUGCUAUGAGCAUUGGAAGUGGAAGGUUCACGGAGGAACCAGUAUGA